AUGGGGCUGAGAGAAUCGGAGAACAUCCGCGUCAUCGUGCGGGUUCGACCGCUUGAUGAAAGAGAGCUGAGAAGAGGUGAAGACGAGAACAUCUCUUGCGUGAGGGCAAACACGGUCCAGGUUGCCGAGCAGAACGGGAAGGGGAAGGGACAAAAGUCAGUGGCGUACCAGUUUGAUAGAUGCUUCGGACCCGAAUGCACACAAGAGUUGCUGUUCGAAGAGUGUGGGGUGCUUCCGUUGCUCGAUCACGUGCUCGAGGGAUAUUCAUCGACCAUCUUCGCUUAUGGGCCGACGGGCUCCGGCAAGACGUACACCAUCACAGGUACAGGUAGCGUUGACCGGAUCCUCCGAAACGGCAGCGGAGAUGUGUCCGACGGGAUCGUUAUCCGCAGCGUCGAGGCGCUGUUCUCCAAGGUAGCCUCCCGCUCUCCCUUGACCUCCUCGAUGACCUGUGUGGAGAUAUACAACGAGUCAGUCCUCGACUUGUUCAAAUCAAGGGACAAGCAGCACCUGCCGGUGAAGUUCGACACCAUGAGAGGAUGCUUCUUCGUGCAAGACCUCUCGUACGGGAAGUGCGCGUCCGAGGAGGAAAUUCUCAAGCUCUACAUGAAAGCUCUCAAGAACAGAAGCGUCGCAGGGCAUGAGCUCAAUCGAGACUCGUCUCGCAGCCAUGCCCUCCUCACGCUCUACGUCGACUCCAUGGAGAAGCAGGAGGACGGGAUAGUGACGAGGCACGGCAAGAUCUCCUUUGUCGACCUGGCUGGGAGCGAGCGACUGGAGUAUUCAAAGUCGGAGGGAUCGACGUUGAAGGAGACGGGAGCAAUCAACAAGUCCAUCUUCACCCUCGGGAAAGUGAUCUCCUCCCUCUGCGACCGCAAGCGGACCAAGGUUCCUUAUCGGGACUCGAAGCUGACGCAGCUGCUGAUGGACAGCCUUGGAGGGACGAGCCUGACGAUCAUGCUGGCAUGCAUCUCACCCUCCAACACCAACCUGAGCGAAAGCGUCCGAACUCUAGAGUAUGCGAGCCGAGCUAAGAACAUCAAGAACAAGCCUGUCGUUCUCUUGGAUCAGCAGCAGAGCAUGGUCAAGGAGUUACAGAAAGAGAUCGAAGCGCUGCGGGCGGAGAAUCGAGCCCUGAAGCAAGCUCUGCUCAGCAAGUCGAACGGGGAUGUGAGCGUGCUCAGGGAGGGAACGUCUAUGAGUGCUCCCGAGCAUGAGAAGGAGGUCUCGGCGCAUGGCUCGGGGAGCAGCAGGAGCAUGCGUCACUCCAUGACCGACUUCCCCGAGAUUGACUUGCACCGGUCUGAGAGCGUGAUUUCGUUUCCGAGCCCCAAGCGCAAGCAGUUCCUUGCGAGCCCCAAGGCAGCACAGGAGGCUCAUCCCAUCUCAUUCAACUCCUCCAAGACUGCCCGCCACGAGGAUAGCUGGAUGCCUUCCAUCCACAAGGAGAGCCUCCCUACCACUGACCACCUCUCCUCCCGAGAGGACAAGUACGCCCGCGAACGCGCCAUCAUGAAGGACCUCGACGACAUGGCCAAGUUCUCCUACUUCGACGACCGCACCCCCAAGUACGGCAGCAAGCGGCGUGACAGCAGCGAGGGAGGAGCGUACGGCCUGAGGUCGCAAGCAGAUUCAUCCCGCGGGACGAAGGAUGUGCAUCAAAGAAGGGUGCUGCAGGUCGGGAGGGGCAAGAAGAGCACGAGGUUUGAGAAGGAAAGCAGCAGAGCUCGACGCCCUCUGGAGUUUGAGAGAGAGGGCCUCAGCAGACUGGAGGACGCGGGCAAGCUGAACUACUUCAGUGACGAUAUGAAACCCUCCCGCUCCUCCAGCGUCGCCAGCACCCCAGGCUUCUCCCGCUCCUCGUCCACUGUAGACUCGCGACCGACCUCAGACCUGCUCCAUCAGCAUCUCUUCCCUCGCUCUGUGCCGCAUGCCCAGCCGGCGGCAGGAGACGAAGCCCCAAGCUGGUUCAGUGAGAGCAGGAGGUUCUCCAACAGCUCGAUGAGCUCAGAGCGAGGAGCCGCUACCUCGUUCGAGCCUGCGAGCCCCAAGUCUGUCAUGACUGGACACGCGUCCGCUCUCAGGUUGUCCCCCAAGGUGACGCUGCCAUCUGCCGAGCAAGACUCGUCGCCCAAGUCCAUCAGGAGCCAAGUGAACUGGACCCGGCCUCAGUCGCCCGACAGAGAGCAGAGGUUGUUGGACGAGGCCCUGGAUGAAGUCUUGUCGCAUGCUCGCGGAGCUUCUCGCCACCCCCCAGCUCCUCAGCCGGAGCCGCAGACUCGCAGCCACGGGCAAGCAGAGGAAUGGAUCAAGCUUCUGAACCCCCUCGCAGCGCUUGACUUUGACAAGGGCAGCAGCAGCUGGGAGACAGAGCUGAACCAGAUGAUGCAAACGAUCAGCACAAGGGACAGCUCCUCCUCGCUCAGCCACCUCCCGGCUGCUCCUGCCGAUCGAGUCAGGCCGCUGUCAGGAAAGAAACCUCCGCUUGUGCCGAGACAGGAGCCUCCCGUGGAGUCUUCAAUAUCAGAAGCUUCCAGGACGUUCGAUCAGUACAGGGAACGAGCUCGUCGGCUCGAGGACGUCAGCAGCAGGCAUGCUCAUGCUGCCGGCAAGAGCUACGCGCCCCCUGAGAGGAUCAGAGAGAGUCUGAGGAACGAGAGUGACAGAGGGGAGGUGACGUGGACGUCGAGAAGCAGCGAUGAGAACUCCACCUUCGACGCUCUGAUGCGAAACCUCGAGCAAAGCCGUGCCAAGGCCCAGCAAGCUCGAAAGAGCAUCUUGGAGAAGAAGGCGCAGUGGGAGAACAAGAUCGUGUGAAUUAGCUUGAGGGAGCAGACAUCGGUGAUCCAGGAGGCGUCUGAAUGUACGUUUGUGUGUACAGUAGAGCUUGUACAAGUGAAGCAUCAAAACACG